AUGGCUGAUCGUUUUUCAGUGGAGGGUCUGGCGAAGGAUUGGGAAGGAGUGGACAAUAUCCGGGCCAGAGUGCGUUCGGAACAGGGCAGGCUUGUGAUUCAGAAUGAGGAUCAGACCUAUGAUCCAAGCAAUCGUUUGGCAAUCUUGAACUUGGAUAUCCUCGCCCCCAUGUUGGUUCGAAUGACCUCCUGCAACCUUAAGAUCCCGGACAUCGAGCCGUUGCGAACAACAGUGCAAGAGGUUUAUCAACUCGUGGGCAGGGAGCCUGCGGAGUCCCAAGUCGACGAUGAGGCAUGGGCUCUCCGUCACCUCGUGGGUCAUGUGAAGCGCAAGACCCAGAAGCAUCUGGUUUCUUUGGAACCGGAUUUCCAAGACUUGUGCCUCAUUUUGAAUCCGGGCCUGGAGGACCUGGUGCAAGAUGUCCGGCGACGUGCAGAAUCCGUCCCCGAGGUGCUGCUUGGUGUAAGCCAGCCGGACUCCGGGGCUGGAGCUUUGGUGCCGGGAGAAAAUUUGGCUGGUGAGGCCAUCGAGACGCUCCGAAGCCCCCAGGCCCAGGCCCGAUUCAACCCAUACUCCCGAGCCAACACGUGGGCCGAUAGUGUUCCAGCGGAGCCAAGUUCUGGUGCGAUUGUCCCGAGUGCUCCCAGCACUCCCUCCCCUGUGUCUGAGCGACCCUCGCCAAGUCAAUCCGUGUCUUCUGCAGAGUCGAGCAAAGCGAAGAAGUUCCAGCUCCAGCUUUUGCAGGAUGAGCUCAGGAUUCGGGAGAAGCGGGCGAAGUUUGACCCGUCCAUGUGUGUGCAGCCAGAGGAACCCUCCCCAGGCCGUCCAGAGCCUGGCGCAGCCGCCGCAGCCGCGCUGGUGACCCCUCCUUCCAAGAACAACUUCAGUCUUGCGGGUACAGACAAUGCCGAGACCCAGCUCUUUGACAUCAUGGCAGUGGAUACAACUAAUGGUCCCUUGACCCCAGAGUACAACAAGCCGCAGAGAAUCCCGAGCUCAACAACCGUGGAAGCAAAGCGUUGGGCCUAUCAGCAUCCCAAUGAACCCAAGCAAGAUCAGAUGCCUCCCGCUGACCCCUCGACACUACCUGCUCGCGACGAGGAGCCGUGUGCUGUCGAGGCGCCGAUGCCUGAUGCUGAGGCUCCUGUGGAUGAUGAAGCAGCUCCAGAGCCUGAAGAGGCCGAAGCUGCAGAGGCCGACGAAGCUCCCGCGGAGGCUUUCGGGAGACGAGAGCAGCUUGGAUUGAGACAGAGGAUCAAAGCUGCCAACAAAGAGAAAAAAAAUCAGGGCGGCAAGAAGCUCAAGCGCAAGAAGAGCAAGAGCAAGCUUGCUCGCAUGAAGAAGAUGCGCAGUUCGCGCUCUUCGUUCGAGGACACGGAAGGACUUGAGCCACACGAGGACGAAGCGGAGCCCGUCCAGGAAGAGGAGUUUGAGCCUGAGGAUCCGUCAUCUACCAGCAAAGCAAAACCGAGAAGCAAAGCCACACCGAAAGCCGAAGCUGCAAAGCCGAAAAGCAAAGGGUCACCGAAAGCCAAAGCCGCAGAGCCGAAAAGCAAAGGGUCACCGAAAGCCAAAGCCACCGCGAAAGCCAAAGCCACGGCGAAAGCCAAAGCCUCGCCGAAAGCCACCGUUGCCAAAUCCAAGAAGGCUUCGUCUUCGAAAGCUCAGGAGGACGUUGGGGCGGAGCCCGCCGAGAGCGACGAGAAGCCCAAGUCCAAGGGGGGGCGACCCAAGGGAUCGAAGAACAAGCCCAAGCAGGCCGAGGCGGCUGAGGUCAUCGCGACUAAGCAGUCCCGUGCUGCCCGAGUGGCACCCAGCGUCCGCCUGAACCGCAAGUCCGCCGACGACACGCCCCACGACCCGGAGGAUUACAAGUACAUCCUUAGCUUCUGGGGGGACUUCGAGGAUCCCAAUGCCGAUCUUCCGGUGCUCAAGCGAGAGGUCAAAGCCUGGAGACCAGUGUGGACCUACUUGAACCCGGACAUAUAUUGGAGCCGGUGGGAGUGCGCUUUGACUUUCCACUACGAAGAUGACGAGGGCACGGCUUGCAAAGCCAAUGUGGGCCACUUCCAUUUCGCUAAGAACAAGCCCGGGCUUUUGGUGGCCAUUGCCUGUACCUACCUGCUGGCUUGGUUCAUCGAGCAGGAGAACAUCUUUGACCCGAGGCACGAGGACAUCGCACCCAAGGUGCUAUCCUUGAAGGCUGCCGGGUUCAAGGCGGUGAAGGAACUAGGUUGCUUCAUGCCGCGGCUGAAGUUCAAGGACUUCAUUGCCCUCGUGCUGCUGACGAUCUGGACCGAGGGCCUCUACGACCUCACGCAGGCUGGUGGGACAGAUGCAGUGCGCUUGAAAGGUUACACGGGUGCCCGUUUUGAUAAAGCCUAUCAUACGCCCUCGCCGGACCGUCCUCAUUCAUCCAAUUUUAUGGAUAUCAACAGUCGCGAGAGUCGGCUGGUGGAUGGGAAGACCCGAGCGGAUGGAACUGUUACCUUUACAGGAACAAAACAGCUGAAGUCCACAGAGAUCUACCCAAUGCCCUUUGCUGAUGCAGUGGCAAACAUCUUCGAGGAUUUGAGGUCGUCGGCUAAGGGUUGCCCCGCGGUUCCGGAUAUGUGUGAUGGUCUCGCUUCCUUUAAAGCAGCAAAGACACCGCCAGAUGUGCAGCGGCUCUUCCAGCAGGCGGACCUUAGGUCUGUCUACGACUAUUUGAGAGGAGGGACUCAUUUAGAGAUCCCUCCCGAGUGGAAGGUUAUGCGAGACGCGGCCGAGGAGCAGCUUCUUGCAGACGAGCAGGCUAUAUUGAACAAGAUCAAAGAAGCAGAGCUGGCCGAGAUGCAUGCUUGUGUGCCGGAAGAUGAAGAGGAGACCGGAAAGAGUGUGGAACCAAGCGAGACCGACGUGGCUGAGAAGCCGUGUGGUUCCCGCCGACCAUUGAAGCGCAAACGAGUGAAGACGAGACGUGAGCUGCUUCAGGAAGCGGCCAAAGCGAGAAUUGCUCGCAUGACCAAGCCGAAGCGCAAGCGUACAGAUCUGAAUGUGCCGCAAUUUGUCAUCGACAAAUGGAACUCCGGUACAAGUUCCAAAGACGAGAUGGCCGAGUUGUUGAUGCAAGUCAACAACGAUAAGGACAAGUUCGUAGAAGAACUCGAGCUUAUCAUCCGGAAAGUCAAGAAGUUCAUUCUUCAUGUAAAUGAAGGAUGGUACUCUGAAAGCGAGAUGAAAGCGGAGCUGAAGUGGUCGGCGCAAAGGAUAGCCGGUGCGAAGAAGCUUUGCGAAGCCAACCCUGACCUGACCAGGACUUCUUAUGCAGCAAUUAGUUAG